CACUUUAUGUAUUUCUCCGAUCUACUGAUUCCCAUAAGUAAAAUGUCGUGUUGCAGCCUGCAUAAAUCCCAAACAACCGAUGUACAAACAUUUUGAGCCUACUUUUCAGAGAUGUUGAAUUCGUUUGAUCACUAACUAGUAGCCUAGUCUACACGCCGCCUUUAUAAAAUAGCCUACAUUCGGUUUCAGUGUUCUCUUUGUUACACAAAGCAUGCAACUUCAUCCACUCAGCAACUAUUUAUUGGUUGGCACGUGCCAUGAACAAUUCUGCAAAGUUGAACUUUCUAAUAAAAAUAACAAUUUUAUUUGACGGUCGUUUAGUGCGCAGGAUUUCGACCACCUUGCACAGUUAUGGUUUAUAACAUUCGCACCUGAAUGAUAAUUAUCAUGAUCAUUUCAGAAUUUGGGAGCGCUCACUAUAGAAUACGCGUAUAGCAGGGAUCACAGCAAUGAGCUCUCGAGCUUCCGUUCAGUGGGUUCCCCAUUUAAUACACCUCACGGCGGAAAAGUAUACAGUUUAUUCUCGAUAGCGUUUUAAAGCGGUGUCUGGUGAAAUUACAGUCGUACGACGUAUUUAAAAUGUAACUGAGAGAACCUCUUUAGUGACAAUGGUGUGCGGUGUACAGGUCGCAGCCUCAUGUGAGCGAACUCGUCUGGACGCGGGACUGUCGAGUAAAAUGGCAGCCACGUUCAAACUGCAUGCUGUUAUUGCGAUGAACACAUGAGCAGAGAAGAAGUCUUGACUUUACUCAUUUCUGAUAAGGAAUAUUUCGUUGCUGUCCCGUCCCAACAAUCUGUGAAUCUGUCGAAGUAGGCGGCUUCAGUUAGACUGGCAACGAGCCAAUUACAGCCCGUCGUCAUAGCAACAAUAGUGAUCAGGUCGGCGUGCUGGCAUGACAAUGCACCGAACAACAAGAAUCAAGAUAACGGAGCUAAAUCCUCAUUUGAUGUGCGUUUUAUGUGGAGGAUACUUCAUUGACGCGACCACCAUUGUUGAAUGUUUGCACUCAUUCUGCAAAAUGUGCAUUGUGAGGUAUCUGGAGACCAGCAAAUACUGCCCUAUUUGUGAUGUUCAAGUACAUAAAACAAAACCUCUCCUGAAUAUCAGGUCUGAUAAGACCCUUCAGGAUAUUGUAUACAAACUGGUUCCUGGUUUGUUUAAAAAUGAAAUGAAACGAAGGCGAGAUUUUUAUGCUGAUCAUCCAUCUGUUGAUGCUACAAAUGGUUCUAAUGAGGACAGAGGAGAGGUGGCUGAUGAAGACAAGAGAAUCAUUGCUGAUGAUGAGAUCAUCAGCUUGUCCAUCGAGUUUUUCGAUCAGAACAGACUUGAUAAAAAAGAUGGGGUAGAAAAGGAGACUACAAGAGAGGCUAAUGUAAAACGGUACCUACAAUGCCCAGCUGCUAUGACAGUAAUGCAUCUCAGAAAAUUUCUCAGAAGUAAAAUGGAUAUUCCAUGCACCUUUCAGAUUGAAGUUAUGUACGAAGAUGAGCCUUUAAAAGAUUACUAUACGCUUAUGGAUAUUGCUUAUAUCUACACAUGGAGAAGGAAUGGACCCCUGCCAUUGAAGUACAGAGUUCGGCCUGGUUGCAAAAAGAUGAAGUUAAGCAGCCCAAGGGAUGACGUGACUGAUGGCAGAAGGCCCGACACAGAAAGUGACUCCAGCAGUGACAAACCAAACAGCCCGGCCGCUGCCGCCCCCUCUACAUCCUCCUCUCUACCAAGCCCAAGCACUCCUGUCCAGCCUUCACAACCCAGCUUCCCCCAUAUCUCCACACUUAACGGAGUUUCUGCCAAAGUGGGCCCAAACGGCCAAGCUCCUUUCAGCAAAGCCUGCAAAGCUUCUCUUAAUGGCUCCAAUUGCCUUGGGUGACUUGCUAUGAAUGCCAAAGCCAUGAACCCCACGCAAACACAGCUGUGAUGUAGAUGCUUUCUUUAUAAACCACCUCUCCCGUUUUUUACGUCAUUUUUAAAUGUGUUUUGUCACGACGCGUGAAAACUUUGUAACACAACAUUGUGUUCUAUUUUGUAUUAAUUACUACGGCUUAACUAAUAUUGUGAUGAGAACUGAGGGAAAGCUCAAGAGAAUGUAUCUAGUUUUUUUUAUAAAAUGUCUUGUUCCUUUAGAUUAGAGCAUCAGUGUAUAAAUCGUUUUCUUGUCCACAAGUCCCUAAUAAAACGUGAGGGGCGCGUACGAUGGUUUGGUUAUCAAUGAAUUGUUUUUCAUAUCUUAAAGGGCAUUAUUCAUUCGUAAAGGACAUUCAGCUUUAUUCACAUGAGAUUUGUAAAAUCACAAAAAAAUGAUGACCGAUCUUCACCUGCAUUCACAAAGUAAAUGGGAAAGUUAGCAUGACAGUGUGACAUUUACAAAGGGGGAAGAAAUGCGUUGUCAGUAUUGUUUGCAUAUUAAUUGUUUGUGCUCACCAUACAGUCUAAGUUUGUUGAAAAAUAUAGUCUCAAUAUUUUUUCUUCAACAUUUAUCUUAUUACACGAAGAUAUAGGUUGAUAGAGGUCUCCUUACACAUAGCCUUAAGUUCGGAUUUUCUUUUUGCUCUACCUUUCUGUGUUAAAACUGUUAUUUGUUCGAUCCAAUGUAUCAUUUACUGUUGUAUGUAUGAAAUAUGAAACCUUUGGUCUAAAUAAACAUUUUACUUUUUUUAUUACUAAA